CCACUAUGCGGAUAUAGAUCCAGAAAAUCAGAAUUUCUUGCUCGACUCCAAUCUUGGAAAGAAGAAAUAUGAAACUCAGUAUCAUCCGGGUACUACUUCCUUUGGAAUGUCAGUAUUUAAUCUGAGCAAUGCUAUUGUGGGUAGUGGCAUCCUUGGUCUUUCUUAUGCCAUGGCUAACACUGGAAUUGCUCUUUUUGUGAUACUCCUGCUGUUUGUGUCAAUAUUUUCUUUGUAUUCGGUGCAUCUCCUUUUGAAGACUGCCAAUGAAGGAGGAUCAUUAUUGUAUGAACAGUUGGGAAUGAAGGCAUUUGGUAUGGCUGGAAAACUUGCUGCUUCUGGAUCGAUUACAAUGCAGAACAUUGGAGCUAUGUCAAGCUACCUCUUCAUAGUGAAAUAUGAGUUACCAUUGGUCAUCAAGACAUUUAUGAACAUCGAAGAGACCACAGGAGAAUGGUAUCUUAACGGUGACUAUUUAGUGCUGAUGGUGUCUGUCAUCCUCAUUCUUCCGCUGUCCUUACUGAAAAAUUUAGGAUAUUUGGGCUAUACCAGUGGCUUUUCCUUACUUUGCAUGGUCUUCUUUCUGAUUGUUGUAAUUUGGAAGAUGUUUCAGAUUCCUUGUCCUAUGGACAGUGACAUUAUGAACAUGACAUUAAUAAAUGUGACACUGGCACCUUUGGUAGAUGAAAACAUCACAAUUGAUGAUGUGUGCAAGCCAAAAUAUUUCAUCUUCAAUUCACAGACUGUCUAUGCUGUCCCAAUCCUAACAUUUUCUUUCGUCUGCCAUCCUGCAAUUCUUCCUAUCUAUGAAGAACUGAAGAGCCGAAGCCGUAAAAGAAUGAUGAAUGUGUCCUAUGUAUCUUUUUUUGCCAUGUUCCUCAUGUAUUUAUUGGCUGCUCUCUUUGGAUACCUGACAUUUUAUGGAAAAGUCGAACCAGAACUGCUUCAUACCUACUCUGCUUAUCUGGGUGCUGAUGUUCUUCUUCUUAUUGUGCGUCUCGCUGUACUUAUGGCUGUAACCCUUACUGUGCCUGUAGUUAUUUUCCCAAUCCGCAGUUCCAUUACCCAGCUGUUGUGGGCAGGGAAGGAGUUUAGAUGGUGGCGUCACUGUUCCAUUACAGUUGCUCUUCUGGUGUUCACCAACAUUCUUGUUAUCUUUGUCCCUACUAUUCGAGACAUCUUUGGAUUCAUUGGUGCAUCUGCAGCUGCCAUGCUGAUCUUUAUACUUCCUUCUGCCUUCUAUAUCAAGUUAGUGAAGAAGGAACCAAUGAAGUCAGUGCAAAAGAUUGGGGCUGUGUUCUUCCUUCUUAGUGGUAUACUUGUGAUGACUGGGUGUAUGACACUGAUUAUUGUAGACUGGACCCAGAAUGUCACGUCUGAUGGCCAUUAACUGUCCUGGUUUAAUCUCUAAUACUCCACUUCAAAUGCCAGUGUUCACUCAGAGACCUACCGGGAGUGAAAAUGAGCUAUUCGCCUUCCUUUAAAAUGCAGAUUCUUUUGUUGAUGGUUCUUCUGAUUGUAGAAUAUUGAACUCUCUUUAAGAAACUAUUCUGCAUGAUGGAAGUGGAUAUUAACGUCAAACCACGUGAGUGUCUGGCUGAAGGAAGUGACAACUUUAUUCCAUUCCAGAGAAUGGACAGAACUCUCUGUAGACUUUUAUCAAGCCAUGUUUGGCUUUCGUCAUUGUUACUUGGGUAUUUUGUUAUUUUACUUGAAUGUGCCUAAUGGAACCA